AUUGCAUCUUCGUUGAGGGUCUCGUGGGGACAUAGCCGACUUGCAGUGUUUUCCUCCUAAACACUGUCAUUUGUUCUCGGGUCAUCGUACUUAGCUCCAUAUCUAUUCGGAUUUACAAGUUAUCUAGCUUCUUGUCUUGCCCCAAUUUUCAUCUCUACCUGGUCACUUGCGGUAGGUAAGCCUGUAUCCACAAAAUGGCAAAAGACAAGAAAGGCAAGUCGGACUCGAAGAAGCAGAAGCUCGCCGAGAAGAAACAGAAGCAGGAGAAGAAGGCGCAAAAGAAAGAGAAGUCAAAGACUGCGAAGCUAGACGGUAGCGAUGCCGAGGAUGUGGAUCUAGAUGCUGUCUUGGCCGAAUACAAGAAGCAGCAAGAGCUGUUUCUCAAGGUGACCGAGACUGUCCUUGAUGCCCCUCCCAAACCCCGUUCCUCUGCCACUUUCCUCGCCUCCCCCUCAAAUAGCAACCAACUUUUGUUGUUUGGCGGUGAAACAUGGAAUGGAGCUAUUGCCAAUUUUUUCAACGACCUCAAUAUCUACUAUACAGAUAGAGAUGAAUGGCAUUGCGUGACAUCUCCUAAUGCCCCUCUUCCAAGAUCCGGCCAUGCCUGGUGCAGGGGAGGCAACCAGAAAGACUCCGUGUUCCUUUUUGGGGGUGAAUUUAGUAGCCCGAAACAGGGCACAUUCUAUCAUUAUAACGACUUUUGGCGUCUUGAGCCUAGUACGAGAGAGUGGACGCGCAUAGAUGUCAAGGGGAAGACGCCGCCUUCUAGGAGCGGACAUCGUAUGACAUAUUACAAGAAUUAUAUUAUCCUAUUCGGAGGCUUUCAGGAUACUUCAAAUCAAACGAAGUAUUUGAAUGAUCUCUGGCUGUUUGAUACCCAAAAUUACUUCUGGUUCAGCCCGACACUGCCAGCGGCGCAGUUAAAGCCUGAUGCAAGGUCGUCUUUCACAUUCCUUCCCCACGAGCAAGGCGCCGUUCUGUUCGGCGGCUACUCUAGAGUGAAAGCAACCGUCACCGCCAAUAAGUCAGCGAAGGGAGCUUCACAGGGACAGAAGAACAUCCUGAAGCCCUUGGUGCACCAGGAUUGCUUCUACUUGCGUAUUAACCAGCCACCGCCGGAUUCGCCACCUAAUACGCCUCCUACCGUGAGAUGGGAGAAGCGAAAGAAGCCAGCUAACACACCUAACCCUCCUCGGGCUGGUGCAACUAUGGCAUUUCACCGUGGCCGUGGGUUGCUAUUCGGCGGUGUUCAUGACGUUGAACAGAGCGAGGAGGGUAUUGAUAGCGAAUUCUUCAACCAGCUUUAUACUUGGAAUAUUGAGAGAAAUCGAUUUUUCCCGAUGAUGCUUCGAAAGCCAAGAAAUCAGAAGAAAGUAGCACCCGCGGAGCAAAGAGUUGGUCGGCGUGGCAGGGCCCAGGCCAAUGAGGAAGAGCUAUUGAAACAGCUUGCCGCAUUACAAGCUGGAACAUCUUUAGAGGACGCCGAUGAGAUGGAGAUUGAUCUCAAGAAUGAAGAAGAAGAGGAACCUGCCAAACCUGUUCGAGAGAUGCCUGUAUCCAUGGAAUACCCGUCGCCCAGAUUCAAUGCCCUGCUAGCUGUGCAGGAAGACAUGUUGUACAUCUACGGUGGGACUUUCGAGGCAAAGGACCGAGAGUAUACUUUCGAUGAUCUGCAUGCUAUUGACCUUGGCAAAAUGGAUGGCUGCAAAGAGAUUUUCAAGAGGGAGGACGAGACUUGGGUGGGAUCCGACGACGAAGAUGAUGAGGAAGACGAAGAUGAGGAUGAGGACGACGAAGAGGGCGAAGAUGAAGAGGGUGACGCUGAUGAAGAACCGGAGAAACUGGUGUCGCCUAGCAAACGUAAGGAUAAGCAGGCGGAUGAGGUUACAAGUAUAGAUACGACAUCAGUCGCCGAUUCGACGCCAGCGGACGAAGACACGAGCGAAACCGAUACUGCAGCGACUUCGGUUGAUGAUGGACUCCCGCACCCCCGACCUUUCGAAUCACGCCGCGAGUUCUUUGUUAGAACUUCAGCCGAAUGGCAAGAGAUCUUGAUGACCAACCUGAGAUGGAAGAAUAUUCAACCAGAGUCUCUGACCAUAAAAGAGAUUAAGAGCAAGGCAUUCGAGCUCAGUGAAGAAAAAUGGUGGGAUUGCAGAGAAGAGAUCACCGCCCUUGAAGAUGAACAAGAAGCUGCUGGUAUUGGCGAGGUCGUAUCUCUGAAUGAUAGAGGUGACUCUGGGGCUGGCGGUGCUGGGCGAAGGCGUUGAUGAAGACAUAUCUUGUAUCUCGUCAAUAAAUACUACUCCUCGAAACUCGAGAUUAACCAGAUAAAGCAUCUGGUGCCACUGGAAACUGCUCGGCUUUAGUCCGCCCGCGAAGCCU